CAUGCUUUUUAACCUCGAAAUUGAUCAAAAUAUUUUAUGUUAUUAUUAAACUAGGCUUUUAAAAAUAAUAAGAGUUAAAUUAUAUAAGUUAUACUUUAGUGUUUAGUAUAAUUGGUUAUUUUUGUAUAUUAUUUUACUUUUGAGUCAUUGAAAAAUGGGUAAACGAAAAGGAAAGUGUGCUAAAAAGAAUCCUGCAAGUAAACAGGCUUUGGAGCCUGAGCACUUGGUGAAGGCCCCACAUUCCUUUGUAAUUCACCGCGGACAGUGCAGCAAGGACCUUAUGGACUUAACGAAGGACUUUAGAAAGCUCAUGGAACCGUUUACAGCGGCACAACUUAAGGAAAGAAAAAAGAACACAAUCAAGGACUUUCUAUCAAUAUCAGGGUACCUUCAUGUCUCUCACAUGAUUAUGUUCACAGAAACAGAGCUUGGCACAUAUAUGAGACUAGCACGGCUCCCAAGAGGACCUACUCUCACAUUCCGUGUACAUAAUUACAGCUUAGCGCGCGAUGUGAUAUCUUCAUUGAAGAAACAGUACGUUAUGAUGAAAGCAUUUCAAAAUGCUCCCCUGAUUGUGCUCAAUAGUUUCUCCGGUGAAGGCAUGCACAUGAAACUCAUGGCAACCAUGUUCCAAAACAUGUUUCCUACAAUUAAUAUUACAACAGUGAAAUUGAAGAAUAUUCGACGUUGUGUGUUAAUGAAUUAUAAUCCAAGCACUAAACUAAUAGAUCUACGACAUUAUGCAAUCAGAGCUACGCCUGUUGGUCUCAACAAGGGUACGAAAAAGAUGGUGCAAGGUAAAAUACCAAAUCUAAAUCGGUGUCGAGACAUGUCUGAAUUCUUCGAUAAAGCGGCGUUGAUGUCAGAAAGCGAGUUCGAAGACGAUCCAAAUUCCCAGGUGGUGUUGCCGCAAACUUUGUCCUCCCGGGGCGCCGCAGCGGACUCUAAAUCAGCCAUUAGAUUAUUCGAAUUAGGCCCUAGGAUAUCUUUUCAACUUAUCAAAGUAGAAGAUGGACUAAUGGAUGGCGAGGUACUAUUCCAUGAGUUAGUAGAAAAAACAGAUGAAGAAAAAGCGCUGAUAAAGAAGAAACGAGAAGAAAAGAAACGGCAGAAAGAGAAACGGAAAGCUCAGCAAGAAGAAAAUGUGAAGAGAAAACAAGAGCACAAGGAGGAGCUCAAACAGAAGGCUCUAGAUGGAAUAAAGAGAAAGAAAGAGGUCACGGAAAGUCAGAGGUUAAUGGAGCUGGCUGCAGCGGAAUCUCAGAACACGGCGGAUAUGGAGCAAGAUGAGGACGAUGAUGACGCGGAUUAUUAUAGGAAAGAAGUUGGCGCAGAGCCCGAACAAGAUCUUUUCACCGAAAAACGUAAACGAAAAGUAGAUGACGAUUCUAACAGAGGUUUCAAGAAGAUGAGAUUAGAUAAAAAGUUGAAGAAAAAAUUCCAAAAACAUCAGGAUGUUGGCAAAAACGUUCAACAAGAUGGCGGCAAGAAAAAGUUCCAGAAUCAAGAACACGGCAAAAGGAAGUUCCAGAGAGAUCAAGAUGGUGGUAAAAGGAGAUUUACCAAGAAACCUGAGGAUGGUAAAAAUAAACAUAAAGGACAAAAACCUUUUAAUAAACAAAGAAAGGUAUUUGGUGGUAAAGUCAAUAAAUUGAAUAGAGGCAAAGGUCGGGAAGGAAAAGCUAAGGGUAAAGGAAAAAAUAGAAAAUAGUAAUAAAUGUUAUUUAUCCUAUUUAUUUUUUUUUUUAAUUUAUUCAUCCUUUACGCAUACUACUAUUAAUUUGAAUUCACAGAAAAAAAAUGGUUUAUUCAUAAUUGUGUAUAAUAAUAACGCAGGACAAAAUUACACAGCGCC